GGACUUGAGCGUUCAAGUUGAAGUCAAAACUGAACCGAGCGAACAGUCGGCGACGACAUGGAGGCCAGAAAAUAUUAAGAGAGAAGAAAAGGGAAGAAAACGGUAAACGAGGAACGCGUUUGACGAUAUUUGUGCUCCUGUCGCUUCAUUGUAAAGGCUCGCGAGCAAGGGAGCGAGUGAGCGGGCGGCGAGGAUGUCGGCGGAGGUAGACGUUCUGCUGCAGGAGGCCAAAGAGAGCAUCGAGGCGGCGCAGAAUUUCCGCGCCGAGUUGCAGCUGAGACUCGGUGGACUCAACCAAGCGCGGAAACAGGUGCGGGGCAGCUCGAGCCAGGCCCGCGAGGCCCUCCGCAGGCACUUUGCCGAAUUGCAGACGGCGGCAACCCGGCUGCUGUCGGAGCGACUGAGCACACUCCUCGCCGAGGUGGACGCCAUCGAGGCGGACAGCGUCAAGCCUCUGGACGACUGCCAGAGCCUGGUAGAGUAUGGCGUGGGCCAGGCCGAUGAGCUCCUCAGAGAGGGGGAAGCGGCUCUGCGCUGCGGGCUCGGCGAGAAAGAAGACAAACUGGGAAGCUUCACCAAGAAGGCCAUGCACAUCCAGUUGGACAGCCUUCCGGAGGUUCCAGCUCUGGUGGAUGUCCCGUGCGUGUCGGCCCAGUUUGACGACUCACUGCUGGGUCUGCUGCGGGAGCGUGUCUGCCGUCACGGCUCGGUGGCCUCGCACCCGCCCGUCCUCCUCGAGGAGCUGCAGGAGAGACCCGGGAGCAUCCUGGUGCGCUGGUGUAAGGUGGACGAGGACUUUGCCGCCGCUGACUACCGACUGCAGUACCGGCGCUCGGGCAACGGGGGGAGCCAGUAUGAGGAUGCCUACGUGGGGCCUGAGACUGACUUCCUGGCGCUGGGCCUGGACCCCAACACCCACUAUACGUUCAGGGUGUGCGCUCGCGGCGAGGGCCGCACCGAGUGGAGCCCCUGGAGUGUCGCCCAGACCGGAUACACCACCAUGGAGCCGCACGAGUGGCGUCCAGGUACGGAGGGUUACAUCGUGAGCAGCAGACGUAACAUCGCCUUGAGGAACGACGCUGUUCCGUCCAGCUGCCCUGUGCUCUACUCCAACGCACCCACUUACUUCUGUGGCCUCACCCUCACAUUCAAGAUUUCGGCAAUGGGUCAGCCAGACCGCCGGGACAGUUUGGGCGUGUGCGUGGACGGAGAAAGCGGCCACCGCUCGCUUCAGAGAGAUCAGGCCGUCUGCAUCUCCACCAAUGGAGCCGUGUUCGUGAAUGGUAAGGAGAUGACCAAUCAACUCCCGACGAUCACUCUUGGCUCGGCGGUGACGUUCGACAUGGAGGUGGUGGCCGUGGUCCCGCUCAACAACAACCUCGUUAGCGACGACAUCGGCGGCCUGAAGCUGCGCGUCACCAUCGGCUCGGGCAACCGUGAGGUGGUUUUCGAUUGGCUGCUGGACACGGCCGUGGAUGGGCUCUUCUUUGGGUGCGCAUUUGCGCAUGCCGGCUGGAAGGUGCUCGUCUUUUAAAGGACAAUACUGGACUUGUGCGUCAAAGUUCCAGGAGUCUAUAGUCUGUGUGACUUCCUGGAAUGGAGAGUUUCCAAUCAGGUAAGGUUCUUGGACAUCUCAGAAGUACUGCCGCCCCUAGCAGGGUCUUGUUUUGGACCCCAAACUUUCCUCAGGACUUAAUAGCUCCUGCAGUCCAACCACACUUUUUUUUUUUUUGUUCACCUGAAGUUCUUGGAGCUUUGGUGCUUGGUAUAAAUUAGUCCCAAUGUUCCUGGAUGUCUCAAAAGCGCUAACUCAAAGGGCAGGGUCCAAUAAAUUGUCCUGGAACUCAAUUCAGACUGGUUCCAGGGUAGUAGAAAUGAAUGACCUCAUCAACCUCCAGAAGCCAUUUUGUAGGACGAGCGUGCAUUAAUUUUGUUUACAAUCACUCAAAACGGUGUCUUCGUGACUUUUCUUUUUUUUUUUAUGAAUGACAAUCCUUUCACGGUUCCCGGAUUUGAGUGAAUCAUGAAAGACUGAGAACAUGACAGAAUUUUGUUUUAUGUUUUCAAGAUCUGUGACACUGAACCUUUCUAGUUUGUUUUAGUGGCAAGCGUGUAGUCAUCUAGUAUGACAUCAGUGUGUAAGGUGCCAAUCAAUGGAGGAGAAACUUUGUGUCGGUACUUACACUUCAGGGUGGCAAAAAAAGUGAUUGCAAAUUCUGUAGAAAUGUCACAUAACCAAGGAGGCCGUCCUUCUGCCAUCUUUAAAAAAAAAAAAAAAAA